AGCAUGACAACGGAAACACUAAAGGGUGCUUCAUAAAAUGAACUUUGGAUGGGACAAGCAUUUGUGCACCAUUGUCCAAAGUCGCUGCAGAUGAGAAGCGGACGUGUGCAUGCAGAACAGGAUAUCAACAUGCCUGCCAGUGACAAUGGCCCCACAAUGCAACAGCAGCAAGGCAUUAUGGGAUCCAUUCCAUCCCUACAGCGAGGGUCGGCACAGAGCACGCACACACAUGCGGCUGCUGUCAAUGGAGAUAAGAGCGCCCUCAGUAAACUACUCAACAAUAGUCACGAUGACAUUGAUGCCGGUGACCAGUUUGGUCGUACCCCACUGAUGCUGACUGUGCUAGCCGACCGGCUGGAAUGCGCUGAGCUUCUUAUUAAGCACAGUGCUAAAGUCAAUAGUGUGGACAAUGCAGGCAGGACAGCAUUCCACUGGGCAGCUUACAAGGGUAACCUGAGGUUAUGCAAGCUGCUUCUCGCCAAGGGAGCCAACUGGAGGAUUAAAGACAAGGAGGGCCAGUCGGCAUUGCACCUAGCAACUCGCCAUGACAACACCAAAUGCCUGAUGCUGUUGAUCAAACAACUGGAGCCAGGUGAACAAGACGAACAGGACAAUGCGAAGAGAACUGCUCUACACUGGAGUUCUUCCUAUGGGAAUGAAGAGGCCGUCAAACUUCUAAUCAAACAUAACUCCAAUAUCGGCAUACCUGACGUUGACGGCAAGACCCCUCUCCAUUGGGCUGCCAGUGCUGGUCAUGAUGUGUCUGCUGUCAACACUGUACAGCUCAUACUGGACACAGAGCCCAGUGUGAUUACUUGGCAGGACUACGAGGGUCGGACCGCCCUUCAUCUAGCCGUUGCCCAGGGCAAUGAGACCAUAGCUCAACAGCUCAUCAAUUUUCAGACGAGUUUGGUGAAGUGUAACGUUUCGGUCCUGGACAACAUGUUCCGCACCCCUCUGCACUGGGCGGCAGUGCUUGGCCACACCCACAUUGUGGAGCUUCUGCUUGACGCGGGGGCCAACGUGACCAGCUCAGAUGCCAACGGGGCCACGCCAUUGCAUUACGCUGCACAGAAUAACCAUGCGGAUACCGUGGCAGCUUUUCUGAGUCGUGAGGGCAUCACUGAUGAGCCCGAUCUGGAGGGGCGCACCGCACUGAUGUGGGCGGCAGGCAAAGGUGCCGAUGAGGUGAUUGUCCGCAUGGUUGAAAUCAGCCAGCCAGACAUCAAUGCCACGGAUAAAACAGGCGCAACAGCCCUUCACGCGGCAGCUAUGUGUGGACAUCCGAGCACAAUCCAAGUACUUUUAGAGCUUGGUGCAAAUGUGAACAUGUUAGACCAGUCCAAGCAUACACCACUGUUCAGGGCAGCAGAGAUGGGACAUACACUGGUAGCCAAGGCACUCGUUCAAGGUGGUGCGCAUGUUGACAUUCUGGAUCAGGAGGGACGGUCGCCUCUUCACUGGGCAGCAUUAGGUGGUCACACCUGUAUCUGUUCCAUCCUGAUCAGUGAGGACGUUGACCCCAACAUUCAGGAUUUCAGCGGCAGGACUCCUCUGCAGUGUGCCAGCUAUGGAGGCUUCACCAACAGUAUCUCCCUCCUGCUGGACAAAGAAGCCGAUCCUAACUCUCAAGACAUUGAAGGCAUGACCGCCUUGCACUGGUGCUGCAGUUCCGGUUACCUGGACGCCGCCAAGCUUCUUCUCGACAACGGAGCCUUCCCCAACCACAUUGAGUACACGGAGGACCGCUUGACUCCCCUAGACUAUGCCUUACUGAACGAGCACCAUCACGUGGCUCAGUACAUGAUCGAGCAGGGGGCGCUCUCCAUCACUGGGAUACGCGACAUGGCCGCCAUCCGGGUCCAGGCCUACUUCCGAGGUUACCGUGUCCGUAAGACCUUUGUGGAGAGGAAACAACUGUUGAUGAAGCAUGAGCAACUCCGGAAAGAUGCCGCAAAGAAGAGAGUGGAGAUGACCAAGAAAAUUGAGACAGAAGAAACCUCAAGAAAAGACAUAGGAAACUCUGAUUCUCAGAUGGGACAAGUGCGUAAUGAAGAAGAAGUGAAUGACGGAGAAUCACACGUGGUGCACACUGAAUUACAAACCACCUCCAAAUUGGAAACGGAACUGGAGCCUGGACAACCCAAGAGACUGUGUUGGGAAGCAGAAACACAGAAAGCUUCUGAAAAGAGCAAAGAGGACACAGAAGCGACAGAAGAAAAAUGUCAUCCCGGAGAUCAGACCAGCUCGGACAGCGGAAGGACUAGUGACUUCAUCACAGAUGAUGAAGUUAAUCUGGGAUUGGGUGAUUCAGAUCACAAACGCCACAAGAAGGAUCCCGUGACAGAAAUCGAGGCCACUGGUCUCCAAAAUUCCAGAUCAUCAGAAGUUGCAGAGGUUAUCGGGAAAAGUGAAAUAGACUUCUCAGAUACGAACCACCAAACGGACACGCCAGUUGUGAAUGCGAAUUCAAAUAACAGUAACAGUAAUCUAGACUUUACAGCAAAAAGCCUAGAAAAGAGAGAAGUUGUCAAGUAUGAAGAUAGUAGAUGUCUUGGAGAACCACAGAAAUGUACAUGCUCAAUGGGUAAUUGUGUAGGGAACUUAUGUGGCAUGGAGGUUGCUGUCAAUCGGCAAGCGUCAUCUGAGGACAGACAGCAGUCGGUUGAGAUGGAGAGGCGGAGAGUUUGGAGGAGGAGGAGUGAUGCAGCAGCUGUCAUCCAAAGAGCAUGGAGAAAUUUCAAGCAAAGGCAACAGUUAAAAAACAGCCUCGCUCAUCAUCACCGUGUCACGCGUCACCCAAAUCAGCAGACGGACGGUAGAACAGACCCCAAGGCACACUGCAGGACAGACCCCAGGCCAGACACACAGCAAGCUAGGAGAGGUUGCACAAGGAGCAGGCAGCAGUCAGCAUUGGCAAGUGGCAACACUGGGAAACCACAGCUGAACGCACUCAGACAAGCACUCGUGAUGAGUAAGAUAUAUGGCAAGAAGCAGUCGGCUACCAAACCACAGCGCACUGUGCCAUUUGUCCACAGAGCCCGACCUCAAUACCAGCGAUAUAUCCCAUCCGCUGUAGCAUUGUCUUUCAACUUUGCAAUCGACCAAUACCGACCCACGGUUCAAAAUGUCAGGGCUCCAUCCAGCUUACAGCAACUGAAUCAUCGAUGGAAAACAUCUCCAAGUCCACAAAACAGCAGUUCAUACAUAGAUCAGGAAGUACGUCGGCCGGGCAGUGGACGGUCCUCCAAGAAUGCAAGGAGUUUCUCCUACAACCAUUAUUGA